CGCCACUUCUCCCUCCGGAUCACAAGCGGGAAACGAGACUCAGCGCAGAGAUGAUCAAACAGACUUUCCUCACCGUCUUUGUUCUUCUGGCUUGCUUUCUGGCUCUCAUGGAAGGAUUGCCCAGCAUGCCCCGGGCCCGGGACCGCUGUUUUUGCAAAGGUCUGAGAAAUUCUGUGAAUAGGAACCUUAUAACUAAAACCGAGUACUACCGGCCAAGCAGCACCUGCAGCCAAGAGGAACUGAUAGUGACCCUCAGAAAAGGUCAAAGAUUCUGUGUGAACCUCAACGGGGAGCAAGGCAGGCAAAUGAAACAGAAUUUGAUGAACAACCAUCAGACCAAAUAAUGAAGUUCAAGCUGAGUUUUGAAGAAGCUGCUUCACAAAUGCUUCACUUCCUAUGGACAUGUCAUCUGCUUGUGAAGGACUCAUAAUCUGUGACACUCAAAUUGGGAACCACGGAUCCAACACCGUUAUAUGGAUUUAGACGUAGCCCCAAGUACUUCCUGUAGCAAUUUAAUUUUUUUUAAAAAAGAGUACAAAAAGCUAUGUAAUGAGGCAAAACGCCUGUCAUUUUUGUUUUUGUUUUUGACAUUUCUGACCAUGGAAGAUCUUCAUUCUUCCAAAUCAAACGAGCUGUGACAAUGUCAAAUUGGCGUACUUCAUUCCUGAAUAUUUUAUGCUUGUUACACCAAUACAGAUAGUCCCCCGACUUACGACCACAAUUGAGCCCAACAAUUCCGUAGCUAAGCAAGACCGUUAAAAGUGAAUUUUGCUCCAUUUUACGACCUUUCUUGUGGCAGCUCCUAAGUAAAUCACUGCAGCUGUUUAAGUUAGUAACACGGUCGUUAAGUGAAUCUAGUUUCCCCAUUGACUUUGCUUGUCAUAAGGCCACAAAAGGGGAUCAUAUCACCUUGGGACGCUGCGACUGUCAUAAAUAACAUGUCAGUUGCCAAGCAUUUGAAUUUUGAUCACGUGCCCAUGGGGAUGCUACAACGGUUGUAAGUGUGGAAAAAAAAGUCAUCGGUCACAUUUUUCAGUGCCAUUGUAACUUCAAACAGUCACAAAGUCUACCUGUACUGUAUUUCAUCUUCGUUAUACCAUUAUACGCUUCCGUUUCUAAUCGUGAACUUUGUGUGUUGUAAUAUUGCAGCCCAAGCUUCACCAUUUUUUUAGUAGUCUUACAAUUUUGUGUACAUCAAUCAGAGAAUACUUCAUCUUUAAUUGCAAUAACACAAGAGCAACCAAUAGAUUUAAACUUAAUGUUAACCGUUUUAAUCUAGAUUGCAGAAAAUAUGACUUCUGUAACGGAAUCAUCAGUGCUUGGAAUACUUUACCUGACUCUGUGGUCUCUUCCCAUAAUCCCAAAAGCUUUAACCAAAACCUUUCUACUAUUGACCUCACCCCAUUCCUAAGGAGGACCAUAAGGGGCGUGCAUAAGAGCAUAAACGUGCCUACCGUUCCUGUCCUAUUGUUUUUUCUUUUUCUUCUUCUUAUAUAUUUAUAUGCUUAUACCUCUUUAUAUUUCUUCAUAUAUAUGUUUAUAUACUAUAUAAUCUUUUUGUGUGAUGCUUAUGUAUAUUGUUGUGACAAAAUAAAUAAAUAAAUAUAAAUAAAUAAA